AUGGCGAGCUUCGCAGCAGAGGUGCCUGGCCCGACCCCCACGCCUCCCGCGCCCCCUCCCAAGCCCGGCAGCCACGACGCCAGCGGCAUCAGCACCCCCACGGUCUCCGGCAGCGGCAACUCGGGACCUGCAUCACGGCCAGCAUCCGCCAUUGAAGGCCGCCCGCCCCCCGGUGCCAUCGAGCCGCCGCCGGCCAGCAUACCGGACCCCGGGCCUCAGUGGCUGCCGCGCAUCCUCCAGGACAAGUCGAAGCAAGACAUCGCCGACAUCCUCGCCAACCCGGCCCUCCUCGACGCCCUCACCCAGUCCCCGCAGACGAUCCACCCGUCCCUCCAGUCCUCGCACGCGGCGCUGCAGCGCGCCCUCGCGGACAACGUCGACCUGGCGUCC